UCGUUUAAUCUUUUGUUAAACUUUCAGACUAACGUUACGUCGAUGUGCUAGUAACCAGACGCGAAAAGCAUGUAAUAAAUUUAAAAGUCUCCCGCCAGUUACAAACAAUUUGGACAGAGAAGAUACACAUGAUACACGUUGCCUAAGCUCAUGCCAUCUCGCUCACAACAAGAUAUUCAAGACUGGUUCAAGUGACAGCCAUGAGAUACGGUUUGGGAUGUUGUCACAGAUACUCUUGUCUGUCCAAAUUGUUUGCCAGGGUACCAGUCAGUGGUAGAAUCAGGACUGUUUUUGUCCCCUGGCCAGACUCAGCCAGCAGCAAUGAGCUCAGACUUUAUCAUGCUUGUAGAACAACAGGUUCAUCCGACCAUGUGUACAAUAUACUUAAUAGAGAAGGAAAACUGUUCAGGCCAAAUGUUUAAGAUACACUAUGUACAUCACAAGUGCUGAAGGUGCAGAGGUCAAGCACACACUUAGUACUUAAAGCAGCAUCAGUUUCCAACAGUAUUGACUCUAGAAGAUGCUACUCAGCUGAGAACAGAGCACAUGGUAAACAUGAUGUAAUGAAGACACAAUUGGAAGAAGAACCUAGGAUAAGAUCUGAUGAAGAAGGUUUGUCACCUCGCAGUCAAUCUUCAUUGAAGUGUGAUCAGACUGAUGUGGCUGUGGAAGAGGUACAGAGUCUGGCCCGGGCUGUCCUAGUGGAAGCUGUUAAGGUGGACAAGAUGUGUCUGUCCAUCCCAGUACGGAAUGUGGAGAGAGUCAUCCAUCUCCUCCUGUCGGAGGACUUCAACAUGGAACAGGUGAAGGAACUGCUGAUGCAGAAGCCGGGACUCAUCAGCUCCAGGAGGCUGAAACAAGUCCUACAUCUGCUGAAACAUUACGGGUUUCGAGUGUCAGACAUCUUUAAGAUGCUGAUGACAGUUCACGACCUUUCCCUGCUUCAGCAACAGCUUGUGAGGAACCUGUAUGAUACUCUACUGACAGCUGGUAUCAGCGAUAGGCAUCUUCAGGAGGUGAUUGUGAAGGAGCCAAGGUUGCUUGGCCUUGAUAGUAAAUUCAUCCUGGACAGGGUGACAUUGAUGAAACAAUAUUUCAAAAAGGAUGAUGUUCUGUGGAUUUUGCGCCAAACACCAGAUGUGUUACUGGACAACUGGGAUGACAUCCUUGGAAAGUUUAAUUAUGUUUUUAGUGAAAUGAAGGUAUCCCAGAGACAAAUGGUGACUGCUGGUUUGUUCAGCUACUCCCUGGAACAUGUGAGAAAUCGCCAUGUGUUCCUGCUGCGGAGUGGGUUCUUCACGGAGGACAAGCACCUGAGAAGCAACAAUCCUAUCCUUAAAGACAUUAUAGCCACGAAUGAUCAUCAGUUUGCUAAACAGUUUGGUGGAAUGCAUGAAGCUGAAUACAAGACAUUUUGCAGACUGCAAGCUAACUCUGAAAUGGAAAAAGAAAAUGCAAAGACAGACUCUGACAAGGAUAUCACAUACAAACUAUUGAUGUCACGAUAAGAUUACUCCCAGAAUCGAUACGUAUCGCAAAUACUUUGUUCACAAUACGAUAUGUGUGACGAUACUUAUUUCACAGAAGUUAUGAGUGAAUGUUUACGUUUCCUAGGCCACAAACACAGGCUUGAAACCUCCUGAAUAUCUGGUCAUAUUUUCAAAAAAUAAUGUCUCAUUCCAAUCAAUACUAUUUUCAGUAGAACUUGGAUUAAAAUAUGAAUUGAUGCAUUGAUAUAUUGGUGAAUCGUGACAUCCUGAUUACAAACUAGCUGUGGUGGUUCUUCUAAAGCUUAUUUUUUUAUUGUGUGGCUAAAAUUAACAUAUAAACUGUUUUCAGAAUUAAAAAGCAACAAUUGAAAUUGAUCUUUUAUAUGCUUGGUCAGUUGGGUUUAGGUAGGAAAAAUAAAAUAACCAUGGUAACAGAAACAUGCUGCUUGGAAUGUUUGUUAGCACUACGUGUGUGAAGUUAUGAUCAAUUUGUUUAUCUGCAUUUCAGUAACAGCCUCAUCAAAGGGAAACAACUGUUCUUAAGAUAAAUAUUUCAUUGCACAUUUGUAGAAGUUUGGGGAGGGAGA